AUGGCCAGCGCAAGCAAGUACAAAUACAACGACAUCAUCUACGAGGUCAAGGGCAAGAUCGGUAUCAUCAAGUUCAACCGACCAAAAUCCCUCAAUGCCUUUGGCGGCAGCCUCCUCCUGGACACAGUCUCGGCGCUGCGCGAGCUCAACGACCACCCGGACACUGUGUUUACUGUCCUCACCGGCGAGGGCAGGUUCUUCUCCUCGGGCGCUGAUGUCAAAGCCUCCGCUUCGAGGCCGGAUAUCAAGCAUCCCAACCCUGCGGCGAAGAAGAUUGAUUUCAUGGCCAGUAUUAGCACCGCCAUCGAACUCCUGCGCUCCAUGAUCGACCACAAGAAAGUGCUCGUGCUGGCGCUCAACGGUCCCGCUGUCGGCGGCGGCGCCGCAUGGUUCGAGGGCAUCGCCGACAUCGUCCUGGCCGCCGACACGGCAUACCUACAAGUGCCCUUCAGCGCGCUGGGGCUGGUUCCGGAAUUCGGUUCCGCGACCGCCUUCUACCACUCGAUCGGCGCCCAUCGCGCCAACGACUUCCUCAUGUUCGGCCGCAAGUUGACCGCCCAGGAACUCGAACAGUGGGGGUUGAUCAACCGCAUCUUCCCCACCAGCGGCUUCCACGAUCAUGUCGUCAAGUUUCUCGAGGGGCAACUUGCUGUGAAUGACGGCAAGUCCAUGAUGGAGAUGAAGCGGUUGCAGAACUUGCCCCUGAGGAGGGAUAGGAUGCUGGCCGUGUACGACGCCUCUGAGGCCCUGGCUGAGAGGUUUGUCGAGGAUGCCCCCAAGCAGAGGUUCGCGGAGAAGAAUAAGUUGUUGCUCGAAAAAUCAAAGAACCGGUCAAAGCUCUGA